UGUCACAUUGGAUUGGAAUUGAAAUUGUUGUAGGUUAAUUUAUUAGUUUAAUAAUAAUUCUCAGAUUUAGAUACAAUCAAACAGAAUUAAGAGAGAGAAACUGCCUUCCCAGUACCUUUUUAUUCCAUUGUCAUAAUUAUGAAACAUAGGCUGAUUUUCACAAGCUACAGUAUAUUCAAGUCGAUUAAUUCAAGACUUUCAUUAAGAUCCUUUUCUUCUAAAGUGCCUUUAACACCAGUGAAUACUUUAGAGAAACAAGAGAGAACUAGAGUGAAUGUUGACAAGAACACCUUAGCGCUUUUAGAACGACUUUCUCUAGUUAAAUGUGAUACAGCAGAAGGGGUGAAGGUAUUAGAGGACUCUAUAGCAUUUGCUGAUAAAAUUCUUCACAUCAAUACGGACAAUGUCGUACCACUGUACUCAGUGCUAGAAGAGGAGAACUUAAGUUUACGAGAUGAUGUUAUAACACAAGGAAAUUGCCAAAAAGAUAUUUUAAAAAAUGCUUCUGUAGUAGAGGAUGACUAUUUUGUGUCACCCCCUGGAAACAUACCUCUGCAUGAAAUAGAAGUUGAAGAAAGAACAGCAGACACAAAAAAAAAUGAGAACUGA